AGUUGGCAACCUUCUCAGAGGGUUCCGACAUCAUCUUUUUUUUUCGCGGUUGGCGACUUUCAUCAUGUCGCAGGACCGGGGGAAGGAUCCGGUAGACUCGCUCACGACCGCCCGACAAGGUCAUAACACGAAGACGUUUGACUCACCGUUCAAGGUCUACCCGACAGUCGACGGCAAGCUGGACGACCCGGUGUGGCAUUUCGUGGCCAGAGGGCGUUAUUUGGAUGGGUCGACGGCGGCGGGCAGGAAGAGCGGUCGUCGAUGCCUGUGCAGGUUGUGCGGGCGUUCGAUUUGUGGGGGCGCUAAAGCCGCCAAGGAGCACUUCUCGAAGAGCGAGAAAUUCCGAUGUGAGGCAGCCACUCCUGCUGUGUGGAAUGCGAUCUGGUCGAAGGACAUGACAAAAUGUCCAAAGGAGUUCGCGUCGGCCAUAGAAACGUUGCAGAGCCACUUGCCAGAUCAUCCGAGCUUGCAGUGGCCACCUCUUCGAUUCCCCGAGGACGCAGUGCCGCCGCUGGUUCCUCCCACCGCCCCGUCUGGAGCCGUCGCAUCGCCCAAUUCUGGGGCUCCGGCCAUUCGAGUCACGGUACCGCAUCCUGCAACAACAGUUGCAACACGACCGGCAGCCCCGCCGUCUGUGCCGCUGGCUGGGACACGAGGUGCUCGCAAUGUGGGAGUUGGUCGUUCCACGCCAGCCAACGAGCCCCCGCCUCUGAGGGAUGGUGUGGGCUCUGCGGCAUUUGACGAGGAGAGCACACGUGCAUUUAUUGAGAGUCACAGGUGGGGGGGGAGUGCCAGCAGUUCAGCGCCCGCGCUCGCCCCUGUUUUCAGUAGUGCUCGGCAGUCAGAUGCCGCACGGGGUGGUACUGCGGUGGCACCUGGCGCAUUACCCCGGAGUUCGUCAGAGCACCCCUGGCUGCCACCGCCACCGUCGAGAGCGGCGCAGCGUCCAAUGGUCCACCACGCUCACGGAACCGCCCACCCGGAUCCGUCACACACACCUGCAGAUGCUCGACAUUCUGCUUUCGUGCCUCGUUUCGAGGAACAGGUGGAUCAUGGGGUGCCUGCCGAGGAGGUCCCCGCUCCGGUGUCAGAUUCAUCGCCGACCCCUGUUCCGACAACCAGGGGCGGUGGUCGGUUUGCCCCACAGCCUCCACCCGUGUUGACCGGAACGUUAGACCCUUUGCAGCGCAUUCGUGACCUUGCAGUCGCCCAGAGGGCGACACCUGUGAGCCCUGGCGGGUUGUUGGAUGCUGGGGUCCUCGGCGGGAGAGCUACAACUGGACGAUGUCGGGGCACUUACAGGCAGCAAGCCGUCACGUCAUAUUAUUCGGACCCUUUGGAGCGCGCAUGGCAUCUGCAAAUCAUGCGGUUCAUCGUCAAGAGCGGGAUGUCGUUCAACAGCACGAAGCUUGAAAGCUUCAAACGCGUGUUCACGAUGAUAAUCCCGCCGGGGGUUCCAGGGGUGCCCGCGCCUAGACUUCCCUCGUACCACAUGCUGCGCACGACCCUUUUGGACGAGCUGGAUGGUGAGGUCCAGAAGUGUGUUCGGCCGGUGCUUGACACGUCGAGAGAGACCGGUUGCACAAUCAUGACCGAUGGUUGGACCAACAUCCGUGGUCAGACGUUGUGCAACUACCUUGUUGGUACAGAGAUCGGGGUGGUGCUGGUUACAAGGUUCUUCAAGCGCCAUGGACAUGCGAGAGAGGUUCUUGAGGCGCACUCGACGAAGACUCUUCUGCUACCGGCGGAGACGCGUUUCGGCACGAACGUCAUCAUGAUGGAGAGGCUGGUGGCACUGCGGGCCGCGUUGACAGAUGUUGUGGCCGACGAUCGCUCGCGCGAGACUAUUUGGUCGACCAGCAAGAUCCGCAAGGAUGCAGCGGAGGUCACUGCAUGUAUCGGCUCCCCUCCAUGGUGGGAGGAUUUGAGAGCUCUGUGCAAGAUGGUAGAGCCCAUCAUGGGCAUGCUGAAGUUGGUGGACAACGACACACGCCAGAUCAGCAAGAUUCUGCGACGUUACGAGGAAAUGAUUGCAUCUUGUUUAUCCGCAUGUCGUGACAUUGAUCGGGAGCAGCUGGACGCUAUUGUGGAGGUGUUCCACAGGCGGCGCACCAUGUUCAAGACCCCCGCCCACACGGCAACCAUGCUGCUAGAUCCAGAGUUCCGGGACGUGACGCUUUGUGACAAUGUGGAGGUGCAGCAGGCCUUGGUCGAGGCCCUUGUCCAGUUCAACUACCCGAAGGAUUCACCGCAGCACCGGGAGGUCCAACGAGCGGUCGCCAAGCUCCACACGAGGGAGCCCCCUUUCGAUGAGCUCACCAUGUGGCGAGCUGUGGAUAUCUUUGAUCACCCUGCCAGUUUUUGGUCCUCAAAGAAGGCGAAGUUCCCUCACACGGCCGUGUUUGCAGGCAGGAUCCUUCGUAUAUGGGCGGCCGCGUCACCGUGCGAGAGAGCGUGGUCUCGUUGGAGCUUCAUUCAUUCGAAGUCUCGCAACAGGUUGGAGGUUCCCCGGGCCGAGAAGCUUGUACGGUGCCACUGGAACCUCGGGCUACUCGAUCGACCUUCGUUCUGCGACGAUGGUGUUGGAGAGAGGCCCGACGUCUUCGGGAAAUGGGUGCAUUAUUGGCAGGCCAUGGAGGACGAGGCAGCCGUGGACCAGCAGCUCAUCAGAGGCACCGGUGUUCUGGCGCAGGUGACCGAGGAGGAGUUGAGCCUCGCCAGAGAGAGGAUGCGCGCCAUUUCCUGCAUGGGAGCCGAGCGUCGGGUGGCAGAGUCGGACAGGAGGCGACGCAGGGCUGGUGGUCGGGGACGUGGCGGCCGUGGACGAGCAGGUCGGUUGAGACACGGGGGUAGGUGGGAUGACAGUAUUGCGUCUCGUGUACGUAGACGUCGUGUCCACAUUGCGAUCGACACGGGGGCACGUGACAUGCGGCAGGACCUGGUUGUCGUGUCAGAGGACGAGAUGGGAGAUCCUUCCAACGAGAUGCAGCGCGACCCGGUUCAUGCAGAGGAGCUAGCCUCGAACACUGAUGUGAUAGUGACGGAGGAGGAUACAGGGUUCAGGAUCACUCAUCCCCGGUCGCCAGCGCCGGUUCUUGGCACAGAGGAGGAGACGGAGUUCGGAGGACCCGGUCCACUCCGCCAGGCGCAGACUCGGUGCACUCCAGCAGGCGCCCCAGUCCACUCCACAGGAGCGGGUUUGGAGGACGGCGAGGCACGACGUGAGCCGCCUCCUCACACGAGUGACGACGGUCUAGAGAAGGGAGAGGUUGCACCCACUCCCACUUGUGGAAAGGACGGGAAGGACGAACGUCCUCCGACGGACCACCACGUCGGCCUCGACUGCCCGCCCGACAGUCUUCCGCCCACCGACGAGCUAUUCACCAUGGAUUCCGCCUUGGCAUCUCUGCCCGGUAUAUCGCUACUGAUAUCUCCCACUUUGCCGGUUGUGGCACCACCGGAGCCUGCUAGACGAGAUGACGCGCGUCAUGACAGAGGGUUCUACGAGUUCGGCGGCGACACGAUACAACAUCCUCCAGAGUCCGGCACUCCCGCCAUUUUUCAUGUCGGUGCACCGUGGGCGGUGGAGCAGGGGUUGGCGGAGGAGGUAGCACGGAACCGUCGUGGUGGACCGCAAGUCGCAGCUCAACGUAGUCUGGAAGGUUCACUAGAGGCAGUGUCUGGAGAUUUUUUGGCGCAGGGGGGUCAUGGUUCGCAGCUGUUAUCGAACAGCGUGUCAUCAGUCCAUCCACCAGAGGAGGGCCCGCAUCAUGAGCCACAUAGAGGGUCAGCGGAGACUUUAGAGGCGAGGCCUCCCGGAGUUAUCCGCUCGGACGGAGGCGAGGGCGUGAGCCAGGAUACAGCGCAGCCAGGGAGCCCAGAUGGUGGACGGUUUUUCAGGGGGGGCAUCGAGCGCAGAGGAUAUGUAUCGGAGCGAGGAAUUGUUAUGAAUGGGUGAAUACAGGGUGUGGGUGACAAAAUUGAUUUGUGGCUGUGAGAAUGACUCUCCCUAAUUUCCUCCGAGAUUUUCCUCUUAUUUUAUA